AUGGCGAACAAACUCCACCGCUUGUUGACCAUCCCAUGGAAGCGUGAGAUCGCGCAGCCGGGAUUAAGGCUAGGGUUGAUGUUUCCGGGCGCGAGGUCCCUUGCGUCUUCCGUUCCGGCGCCGGAAGAGGCAGCUCGAUUCGCUCCCUCUCCUACCCCGUCCAAGCCGGAAGUGGAGGAGGAAGACGCGGCCUCGACGAAAGGGGAAGAAGGCACCACGGUCGACGAAGAGGACGAUGGCGUCCAGGUGAACAAGCUCACCGGCGAGGUCGGCGGGCCGAAGGGCCCCGAGCCUACGCGGUACGGCGAUUGGGAGCGCGGAGGCCGUUGCUCAGACUUCUAG